AUGGGCAAAGUCGAGAAAACAAGCUUGCAAGAGACCAUUAAUGGCCUCGUCUUCUACCGUCGGUACGUGGACGAUAUCUUCUUCCUGACGGAUGGUACCACCGAUACCGAGGAGCUUGUCCAAAAGUUCAACAGUGCGCACCCCUCGCUAAAGUUCUCUGCAGAGACCGAGGCAGAUAACGAACUUGCCUUUCUCGAUGUCCUUCUGCACAGGCAACAGGAUGGGUCUAUCCAGCGCAGGGUGUUCCGAAAGAAAACCUGGACGGGACAAUAUGUUAAUUUCCACAGUUUUGUCCCCCUUAACAUCAAACGGAAUUUAGUCCAGGGAUUGGCGGCUAGAGUGAGACGCAUCUGCUCACCUGAAGCUAUUGAAGAAGAACUUCAACAGCUGCGGAACACACUUUGGGAGAACGGAUACCCAGAUAGAUUCAUCCUCCGAAAUAUUGGGGAACGCGUUGAAAAGCCCACUGUUGAGACUGCGGAAAAGAAAGAUGUAUUCAUAAGAUUGCCUUUUAGAGGAGACGCAGAGAGCGAACUGGUCCGACGGCGCUUAACUACAGUUAUCACGAAGGCAUUCCCUGCGGCGAAUUUACGCGUAUGCUUCACAAACUCUCCCCUCCUACGUUUGGGAGGUAAAGACAGACUACCGUUGGAGGCCACAUCAAUGUGCAUUUAUUCAUUCACUUGCUCCUGUGGAGCAGGAUACAUCGGCCGCACAACGAGACGCCUGGUAAAGAGAGUACGUGAACAUAUGCCCGCCUGGCUAGACAGAGGUGAGACCCGGUCGAUUUCGAGUUCUAUUCUCGCGCAUUUAAUCGAUACGAACCACCGAGUCGAUGCCAAGAAAGCAUUUCAGGUUGUCUACCGGACACCAACAUGCUUCUCUAAAGGCCUACGCCAACGGAUACUAGCAACGGCAGAGGCAGUAACUAUACGGUUAGUGAAUUCGGUGUUAUGCUGUCAGAAAACUCUGACACAAGCGCUCUCUCUGCCGUGGCCAACGCCAACGCCAACCCCAAGUGAUGAAGCCAUGCCGCCUCAAAUCCCUAAUCACGAUGAUGCGCACUCUGUGUACUCAACCCAAGAUCAUUACUCAAAGACUCUCUUACCCCCCUCCCCUAGCCCUGACGACUAACACCCGCCGACCUUUUCAUGCGGGCGGCGUGGGGAUGAUGAGUGUUAGUGACUUAAUAGCCCUUGAGGCAUCUAUAAACACUGUUGAUUUUGUACAUUUUCAUUCGUUCAUGUAAUUGUAUUGGCCUGAGGAAGAAUAACCGAAAAAGUGCGUUCGCCAACUUGACUUUUCAAUUUUAACAUGGGAAUAUUUGCGGAACUUAGAUAAUUUUUAUUCAUUUCACUUUCUCGGAAUACCUUCACCUGCUUCCAAGACCGUAUAACCCCUACGACUAGUAUUCCCGCAGGACAUGCUCCCCAGAUUAUUUACUACUGAUCCCGACAACAUACCAGUCACUUGCGAUAAACCGUAAAACAGAAGAAGGAAAGGAAUUGCGUCUGCAGUCAUUUGCUACAAGCAGUGCGAUUUUUUCAGCGCAAUUUUCGGAUGUACCAUGAAAUGCUGGCCUCUUAUCAACACGAAAAUUUAGCAAGGAUUAAGUACAUUAGCGAGGUAAGAGAAUUUCGACUGUUGUUUAACAAAUUCACCGGCGUUUUAACACUCCUGUCCUACUGACAGACGUGCACACUGCAUCCACCAUUACUUCGAUCAUUUUAUGCUGCCUCACUGCUCUUCGCGCGGGACGUUUCUUUUAAAUGAGCUUUCCUCUUUCUAAAACGUUUGGUCGGAUCUUAUUUCGUAGCCGUACCUGCAGCAAACAAGCCCCAACCUAACCCCUAACCCUAACCCCUGACCCCAGUCCCCAACCCCUACCCCUAACACUGACCCCAAUCCCUACCCCCAAACCCUAAUCCCAAAACCCCAACCACUAACACGUACGGCUACGAAAUAGGAUCUUGCCGAAAAUUACAUGUGGGGUGUGCGGGACAUAGCGUUCCGUAUUGGUCAGUGGGAUUUUCGACCUUUAUUAAAACACUCCGGUAGAAUUUUCAACCUUACUCAUGCGAGCAUCGCGGAUUGUCGAGCUCAGCAAAAAGCCUAAUCUGCCACACUGCACAUGCUUCCAGGGUUUCCAAAUAGCACACUGACUAAAAGUACAUGUGCCCAGCCCGUAAACGCAGCGCGUCACGCACCCAGGGGGCAUAUUUCCUCCUUGCGAUUGGGUGACGUUUUGCUAGGUGUCUGUUCUGUGGAUGGUGGCGUCGUAAGCGUGUGUGGUGUAGCGGUUAGCAUGGCUGCCUUCCAAGCAGUCGAUCCGGGUUCGACUCCCGGCACACGCAGACCUCCCGUCUCUCCCUUUAAUUCGUUUUAAACUUUGACGCUGUUUUGAAAAACCAUACUCGACGAGCGGGCUGCCCCGUGCGCUAAGACCUCUGGGUGUUUCCACUCCGUCAUCAACACUGGAAACCGUUAUGGACCUGUCGCACGCCCUUCCGACGGUUCUUCUUUUAUAAAAUAAAAAAGCCAGAUUUGAGCGAAAUACGGCUUUCCUUGGCAUGCAGGAGAUUUCCUGUGUUACUGACUUCCACAAAGUAAAAACUCCAUGUUUAUGCGUACUGUCCUGUAGACGAUGAUUAAGAUAAACAAGAGUAGUUGGAGAUAAAUCCCUUUGGAAAAUGGAAAAUUGAAUGUUGUGUUCAUAAAAGUUAGAUGAAGUCAGGCAUGCGAAUAUGCAUUGUUUUUAAGAAAAGAGGGGCGAAUUCAGCUUUAAAAAUCCUACUCUGCAAUUUUGCUGCAUGUCAUGUAAUGAAACUCAGUAAUAAACUUGAUUGGCAGAAGUCUGCUUUACUAAACGGAAAAUUACUAGGCGCCCUCUAUUUCAUGCAUCCUUGUACGUAAUUUACCUAUAAUAUAGGCACUUUUUAAAUGUUAGUUUUCAGUGAGAAUUGAUUAAUGUUGUUAGUAAAUAUUAACUUGCAAACCCAAACAUAUAUGCCUUCUUUUAAAUUCGGUAGUUUCCUUACUGAUGUAAAUUUUUGGGGAACUCGGCGUGGGUGGAUCUUCCGUUACAGGAAUUUUCUUGUGAAUCUACCACAUUUAAUAUAUUGUGAAACAAAAAGGACAUAAGGAAAUGCUCAAGGUCGGACUGAAAUUCGACCAAUUAGGUAGUGGCCUUGCGUGGCUGGGGUGUCGGCUGGACUUCUGACUCAUUUGACUGGUUGCGUAAACCUCCAAUCGUGUUGGGAGUUGGCGUUACAUCAACACUUGAACGGCGUGUGGGCAGCAUGUUAGGGCACCGCCCUAACAGAAACAUGAGGGAAUUAUGUGCGGGCAGGGUUGGACUAGAUCGUUGAGUGCCUUCGACUAGCCCACCUCCGCGACCCGAUGCGCAGCACCGACAAGCCUAAUUACUUCGGAAAUCGACCAACUGUUGCACUUCUUCGAAUAUCCAGAGGAAGACAGCUGACGGAUUUUGAGCCAGGUGAGAUGUUGGAGUUGCGUGCAAGUGGUCUCUGCAGUAGCAGUUUAAUGCAGAUUAUUGGAUUUGAGGACGCUACCACCCCUACCGGAUGCCUGUGAACAUCUUGCUGUUGAUGGUUAUUUUUGUUUAUUGCAGACCGGAGAGUGUCGGCGCUUUGCGAGAAUUCAGCUGUUGUCAUUUGCGGAGAUUUUUGAACAGAUAAACCUCAAAUUUGUCGUCGCGAUGGUCCAUUAGAGACGUGGACGGAGGCCGUGCCAACGCGACAUCCGGGUUCAACUCGGUCUGGAUGGUAAUAAUCGACAUCUUAAUAAACCUGAAAUGUGGAGCCUGUUCAAUCGAGUAAUCUGGAUGCCUCUACAAGAUCUCAAGUGGCGAACUGUGUGUCCACAAACCGCCCCCUCCCCCUCCUCCGUGUAAGUACUUUUUUGGAUGAUGCCAGGAAAUGGCUGCAGUGUAGGGUCUUCUUCACUAACAUGACCAAUCUCUGUUGUCACUUGCAGAAAUUGUUGAACUGGAAAACCUCGAAGUUGUCGUCGGGAUGGCCGAUUAGAGACGUGGACGCAGGUCUUUCCAGCGCGACAUCCGGCUUCACUUCGGUCUGGAUGGUGAUAAUCGAAAUCUUAGUAAACCCGAAAUAUAAAACCUGUCUGUCAACAAACCGUCCCACCCCCUCCCUCCUCUGCCGUAUAAGUACUUUUGUAGAUGAUGCCAGAAAAUUGCUGCAAUGGGAGUCUUCAGCACAUCGAUAGAUGUUGCAGGUGGCUCUCCCGAGUCAGUUUACGCAUUACGAACGUCGGAUACAAAGUAUAUGCAAAUUUGACGACUUCCGGUUUCACGACUGCCCAUCUAAAAAUAUGAGAAGUCGCCCCACGGACUAACGUCGAAAUGCACUGGCAGAAAGCAUGUAAUGCAGUGACCCUCCCUCCCAUUCUUCCCACAAGUCCUUCUCGCAAGCCUGGCUUCUUCUCAUCACUCUUAACUUGCUCGAGUGUGUUUAUCGCACUCAAAUACCGUCCAUUUUUUUUAUUUCUUUGACCCACUCCGUAAUGCUGAUCAUUCAUCGCACCAAAACCUUUCUAUUUUUUCUCCACAUAGUACACCCAACGUUGCACAAAUAUAAGCGAAAUGGUCAAUGCAUUCGCGGUCGAUGUUCUACAGAAAAGUAGAAUUUUGUUUACUUCGAUAGCCUACGUCCGUUUAAAUAGGAGGAUCGGUUUUUUACGCACGCUUGGCCUCGCAGGAGGACGAAAGGACCAAGAAGGCACACAGCAUGUUUUGCGAGGCCAUAAUGUGCAAGCCGUGAUACUGCCUAAUCAAGGCGGUAAUUCAAUAGCAAACAGCGACCCAUGGGCUAAAUAGUCGUGCUGGGACCCCUUAAUCUCUGGCUAAAAGCUCCCGAUAUGACUUCAAGUUAAAGCAUGUUUGCUAACUUAACUUACUUACCGAUCGACAGAGACCAUAGUCGUGAAUUGAGGCAUGUAUCACAGACGUACGGGUUCCCCUGGUUAAUCUUCCCAGUCACGAGAACGUGAUUGUACCAGUGCAUGGAAGUAGUUGUAGGUUUAUCGUAACCACGUGCUGUGUUUUGCAUUGGACAGCAAAAGCCGCAGCUAGCAUGUAUCUGAAUUCUUUUCGUACUAAGUGCUAAAGAAGCCUCUUCCUAAUGAUGGUGGAUAGGCAAGGACAAAUUAUUUUAACUAUGAAAAAGGUUAUAGAAAGUGGAGGGGUGGAAGGAGGAGAUGUAGGAAGUUUCUGGAUACACCAUCUCACUUGCAGUAUCUUGCCAAAUCACGUUGCAGCUCAUCGUCAAAGGUACAGUAGAUGACCUAAUUCCUGAAAUGUUGAGAGCGGUAUUUGAGUUGAUGGGAAGGAAUAAAUUUUGUGCGGUUAUUCUUGUUUUUUGAAUUGAUUGGAAUCUCAGAAACCCCUUUUCUAAAGAAUAAGUCAUGUCAGUUCGGUUCUAUUGAGGAGAAACGGACCAAAAUUAGGCAAAUUUCGACGUCUCCGAAUAUCUUCUUAAUUUCCUAUUCUAAUAAGUAUCCCCCAUUAAAACCUCUUAUUUGCACGCGUUGCGUUAUAAAGGAGUUUUCAUAGAACAAGGAAAAAUAUCAAAGAAGGGCACUCUGGAAAUGCAAAUUGUGAUUUUUAGUUCAUGAAAAUCAGAUUAACUCAAGUAUGUAAAAACACAUUAUUCUCAUGAACCAAAAAACGAUUUACUUUUUAUAAAUUCUAUUUAGCAAAACUGCAACGUUUUAUAUCGUCAAACACAGUAAUAGGCUAGUUCGACAGUAUUCGUUUUACUACACCAGGAACUAGUAGGCGUAAACACGUAUACAUGGAUAGCGCGUUAGAUGCUGCCAUCUUUCUUUGCCACGCCGUACAGCAAAGUUUCGAAACAGUUCCUAUCGUAAGUUGCUUUGAGCGAAUACGAAAAUUGGCAGCCGAAGGGCUGCCGCUUAAGUAGUUGACUAGCAUUUUUAAUAUCAGCCAGGCCACUCUCUGGAGAAUUAUGAAUAAUAAAACAGCACCUAGAACUAAGCAAGAUUGUCCAAAACGGUCCACAAGCAAGCAAGACGACGAUUUCACUCGUCGGACACUGAAAAAGUAUCAUUAUAUGCCACUUAAGGCUAUUUACAGAGGACACCUGUCAGUGUCUUCUCUGCGCAUAAUUAGAAAAGGAAUGAAAGAUUUCGGUCGCCAUCAGCAAAACACCAUGAUAAAGCCAUUCUUAAGUAAAAAAAACUUAUUACAGAACGUUUUUUGUUUGCUCAAAAUAUACUGAUCACAGACUUUGCUUCUGGAAGAGCAUUUACUUAAGUGAUGAGGUCUUAUUCUUAAACAAGCCUCCGAAAUCGACCCAGGUGGUCGUAUGUGGAAAGAACUUUCCCCGAGAGCACACAAUAGCGACACCAACUUUCAAGAAGUGUCGACGCCUGGUGGUUUGGAUGGCCAUCAAAUUCGAACGGUGACCGGUCAAACGUCCAACAGCGGAGAUGAUAAAUAGCAAAGUGUUCAUCGACAUCGUAAAGGAUGCCUUCGGUUACAAGGGCAUUUAUCGAUGUCGAAUGGACAACGUAAUGUUGCAGGCUAGUAGCCUUGCCCACCGCUCAAAGGAAAUAUGAUUCCAGUUCGGUUUAUGUACAUAAUCUAAUAUUUUAGACAACUGCCAGCCUCUUCGCCUGCGGCCUUCGAGGCAUUUUAUCCCCGCCAGCAGUCCGGAACUAAAUCCCAUCGAAAAUCGUUUGUACAAGUCAAAAUAAAUUGAGCCAAAUCAAGAAAACAUCUUCCUACGGAACAAAAUAUGGGAUUUUUGCUUAAUAAUUACAUUGACCAAACCACCUUAGACAACUUGGUGGUCUCCAUGCCCCCUCGCCGUACGGCAACUUCUCUGCCGGCAGUUUUGCUAUGUGUCGAAUAGUUGACAUUUUAUAGAGUCGUUUUGUGAUUUGUUAGUUUUUAGUAUAAUAAAUUAUUUCUUAGUCAAUAAAUAAUGCUUUAUAAAUCAAACUGUGCCUUAUUUUGAAGCUCGGUAGCAUCUUUAAUACAGUAUAACUUUCGUGGAUGCGGGAUGGGCGUUUCGUGCGCUACAGCGAUUUAAGUUCACAGUUAGUGGCAUUUCAUUAGAUUGGUCACGAACUGUAUAUGAGAACAUAAUACACAGUUCUAAUUCAAACUCGUGUCAUCCGGAGUUGGACUUCAGUCAAACCAUCGAUUUUAACCGCGAAAUUUGGUAAGCGUGCGUGAGUCAUGGUUUAAACACAAAACUUUUCAGCAGGUGCAAGUUCAAGAGAUCUCGUCUGAAAUCGCAUGCCAUUUUCACGACCUAUCUAGCUUCCCGACAAUUGAAAUUGGGUACGAUCCUACUAUGCAGCCAGGCAUGAAGACAUAAUACCGAUGGCCUACUGAUUUGCUUUCAGUAGGUAUGAUUAGAUUGAAUAAACAGGCUAUUGCGAGUUAAGGCCCUCCUGUAUUUGGCAAACUUUGUCGGUUUAUCCACUUGCGGUUCAUUCCUGCAGUGCCGUCCGACAGUUUUUGGGUCCAAAGGAGAGCAUCAUUUAUUUUUUUUUAUUUGCGAUAAUAACCAUAAGCACACGCCUCCGCACUGCGCACUGUCGUUGUCAAAUGUUACCCCAUCAACCUAUCCCGGUUAUGCCAGGUUUACAAUUUUAUAUCCUCUGGCCUGCGACACGCCUUCCUUGUGCUUUUCACAUUUACCUAUCUUCAUUUACUUCGUCGCCUACGUUGCUUGUGCCCUGCCUUAGUGGUGCAUCCAUGUCUUCGUUGAGGACGGUUUUUCAGCACACCUUUACCUAUGCCCUGACAUUGUGCUGGCGCUUGCGAUUGGCCGAUCUGAUUUCCCGCGUUCGUUCGUGCGUAGCGGUUAGUUUUCACCUCAUACAAAGUUCUGUUGUGCUCCACUCUACGAUUUUGUUGGCCUACUUCCGCGGUCGCCUUCUCGCCGUGUACGGUGGCCCCGUCCGUUAAACUCCUCUUGACACCAUUCCCGUGAAACAGGCGGCUAGAGUGGGGCUGUUUCAGGGAAGGCUGCGUAAUAGGAUCUGACCUUGAAUUAAAUCCAUAGAAAAAACUUCGCCAGACCAGGUAUUUAUUUCCAAUACUUCGGUUGAUGAAACCGAUCAAGGAGUAAAGUGUAAACUCACUCACAUCAAUGUCGCCCGCGUAACAAAGACAGUACCUACAGAAGCCAGCAACGUAGAACUGUCGAGUAGUUGAUUUAAAGAAUUAUCAUGCAUAACACUUGAGCCUACUGUUUUGUAAAUAUGCCCUGUCAAAAAUUGCUUGGACCUUUGAAAUAGCUGCAGUUUUCCAGCAAGAUAUUUGAUUCCCUUCGACUGCCUUCUUUUUAAGUCGGUCAUAGAGGUCGACGAAGAUGAGUGUGGUAAUGUGCAUGGAGGAAAAUUUUUUAGACUCGAAAAUGAGAUUAACUUGAGCAUUUGCGCUGAUGUUAACCAGUUCAAAUCUCAUUGCCUCCAGGUUCGUGUAUGUAGGGAAGAUGGGUUUCUGCAAAAAUAACAAAAUUCCAUCAAAGAAGGAGACGUUUACAGACCAAGGACUAGAACCCGGUCAAUGUUUACCUCUCUGCGAAACUGCAAAGUGACAGCAGGGAAGGAUAACUUGCAGGAGAACUGUGAGUAUCCACCUUCACGAAAGGUUGUCACGAAAACGCAGUCGUCGCAGUACCCCGGAACAUCGACCGUCAUCGAAAAUGUCGUUCUGCUGACCUCGUCAUAGGGCAGUCUUAUGGUCAUUGUGUGAAGCCGCUCCACGCGGGAUUGGACAAAGUCCGUCAAAUAAAUUCCAUUACCGUGUCGAGGACACUUUUCUUUGGGUAUGAAAGGGAUGGAAACACAAACGAAAAUGUCCGAAGUCAACCUAUCACGAAAAAUUUGAUGAUCCAAAAAUAACAUCAGCAUUAUGCGCUGCAUGGAGAGUAAAGAUAUCCUGUGUGUAGCAUACUGUGGGUGACUUGUUCUGGGAAAUGUUGUAAGUGGCAUUAAUAUACGAACUCGAUAUUUCACGAAUGAAUGCAAAAUGUAUACUGUUGUGCAUUUUCCUCAUAAAACAUGUCUGUUUUUAUAAGGGCACCAAAACCAAUAAAAGAUAACUGCUGAUUAAGCGGUCAGUUCUAGCCAGCGUAAUUCGUGAAGAAGGCCAAAUUGAUGUCCGUUCAAAAGUCACCAUCCUAGUGUGACAUGAAUAUACUUGGACUAUGCAGUAUGAAAAGGAAUACUACAACCACAACUAAAUGGUCUUUUCUGACCGAGACCGUAUUUCAAGCCACUAUUUUUAAAGGACAGUUAACCUACUGAAAGUAUACUUUUUUUCGAAUGAGAGGCAUGCCAGCAGCAUACCGACGAUUCAAAAUCUUAAAAAUUCCAUAACUACAAGUUCUUUUAACCGAACGCGCAUUACUUUUUGGGCAUGCAUUUGAAACAGACUCAAUAUUUCACGAAUGAAUACAAAAAGUAUACUGCUGUGCAUUUCUCACAUAAAAUAUGUCCCCAUUUUAAGGGUACCAAAAUAUAUACGAGAACUACUGAUUAAGCAGUAAUUCCUGGACAGUAUAAUUCGUGCGGAAGACCAGAAGGAUGCCUGUUCAAAAACCACUAUCCUGGCCUGACGGAAAUUAUUUGGAUUAUGCUGCAUGACGAGGAAUACUACAACCACCACUAAGUGGACAUUUUUGGCUGAGACCCUAUUUCAAGUCAAUAUUUUAAAGGACUAAAAUUGAAUUUGAUCGGAUGACAGGCAUGCUAGAAAGUUGUCGAGGUAAUUUUGACAGAAAAGUUAAAAGCAGAAAAAGUGACAAGUACCCAGGCGUGUGAAACAGAGCUGGCAGAGCAGAGGGUAGUUCAGGAUCACGAGCAAGGUUAGGCUCACGUGCAUGAUGGGUGCUGCGCCGAACAACACGAUAAUAUAAUGUUUACAUGAGGCUACUACUCCUAAAAGCAGCUGGCUGGCAUUCCUUGAUUGGUCCCGCCACUUCAUGGAUUGCGCGCACAUCUAUGGCGUUGGCUAACUACAGUGCGUGACCUAUCUCAUGAAAUCUGAUAACGGAAUCUGAUGAAAGAAUUUCUGGACGUCUUUAACGUUGGGCAUUGUGUUCGCUCAUCCACUUCCUUCAAUAAAUUGCCCCUUUCUUGUGAAGAAAUUGUGUUUACGCAAUUAUAUCAAGUAAAAUAUCAGUGAAAUAUCAGUAAAAUAUCAGCGAAAUUGGACGUUAGAAUAUAUUCGUGCAAUUUCCUAUGUUAAUACAUAUCCUAUACGCCGGUUACGCAUCUGAGCGACUUUUUCAUUGAAAGGACAGUAAUAUACUCGCGAGAGUUUUAAUAAGCAGAUUUAGUCGAACUUAAAAAUUUAUUUUAUGUCCGAUGUUAACCAUGGUGAUCAACCUACUAAUACAAACGUUAUUUUAAGAAAACCAGAGGUUUUAUCAAUUCCUAAAUGUCAGAUUAGCAGAUCUGUGCAAUUUGGUGCCUUAAAGUGCAGUAAUAAGGCAAAUAGGAAUUCCUCCGUUUAAAUGGGCUGGAAUUAUUUUGCCGUUUGGAAAAUCCCACCCGAUGUCACAUAGAUGACCACCACUGAAUGGUCAUUUCCAGCUUUAAACAUAUGAAACACUACCUGUCGGGUAGUUUGGUUUCUGUGCAUACUCUAUUCAGAAAUAUAACGAGCAAAGCAUUAAUAGUUUUAGCAAAAUAUCAGUAUUUAUAUGGACGCUUUGUCGUGCGUUCAUAAUCAAAGAACGGAGUAUAAAAGUGAAUAAAAACAGUGGAAACGGCCUCAAUGUAUAGAGAAAGGCAUGUUCUUACGUUUACGGUAGAAAAAUAUUAGUAUUUCUUAGGAACUCGAAGGAAACGGACAAAGGUGUCAAAUUUUUACUUGGCCUCACUGUGUAAAAAUGCAAAGUACACAGAGAUCCGUCAACGGAGUGCAGUAAUAAAGCGCCUCCUAAAGCGAUAACAUAUUGAAGAAAGAUUUCUUAUUGUUCGACGGCAUACUCUUUGCAUACUUUGGUUGUGGACAGCCGUUUUUUCCGAAAAUGAAGUCUGAUGUUUGGAUGGGUCUUCACAUGUGACCCAAACGACCAUCUUCCUGAAAGGGAGCGCUCCAACACUCACAAAAUCGGUAAAUGUCUUCAAGAUCAAUCUUAAUUUAAGGUUCUCAACGGACAGGUAAUUCAGAAUCCGUCUUUAUGGGCGAUCGGGAGAAAACACUGAAAAUAAUGAAGUAUUCAGCAACAUUUCGAGGCCGAUCUGAAACUCAACAUAAUCAAAAACGAACGAAAAAUGAAAAUUAGUUAAACGGACGAAACGUUCUCUCUCUAAAUAGAGAAUGGUAUGUUUAUGAUCACGCCUGUAAGUUAUAUUUAAAUUUAUUAGGCACCGACCGGCCUCAUGGCAUGUCACCUUAUGAAAACGUUUGUUCCUACGACGCCCCCAUCGGUGAAAUGAAGCGAAUUCCAGCUUCUCUUGUUGAACCCCAUCCCAUUUAAUUCAAACGGAGCAAAAAUAACGUGACUCACUGGGAAACUGUUUUGGAAUUUACACUCAGAUUGUAGGCAGUUUAUAAACCGUCAUAUAUGAAAUCACACUACUUAUUGAAUGAUAUUUGGACGUAAACUUCACUAAAACACAGUUAUUAGACGUUAUUUUAUGUCUACGUUCAUAUUUACCAUGUUUUUGGUAUGAGGAUACAUUUUAUACAUCUAAAAACGAAGUUUACUAAAUUAGAACCAUUUCUCACGUUUUCGGGAUUUUGCGCUUUUCAAAAUUAAUGGGAAUUUCUAAACAACUCAACACUGCCUUAAGUAUUUCUUUUAUUGUCUUAAUUCUAUUAAACUUGUACUUAACUAACAAGACAUUUGACUCAUGAAAUGAUGUCGGUUUGCGAGUGAUUGGAAAUCAUUCAUAAAUUUCGACACAUCUCAUGAGUAAGGUCAACAACUGUACAAAUCCAACCAUCCCACAUGGAAAAUUCCUGAUACAAGGUCACAUUAUGUGCAUGGUGAAGGUUCUGGCCGCUCCGUAGGGGCCUUAACUAGCAUCAAAUUCUCAUCCGCGUCUCCAAGAUGCUAGGCUCUGUCUAGAAGCCAUACUCCCGCAAUCGCCUUGAUCUACGGACAAAACCCUAUACGGGUACCCUGUGUUCCACGUGCUCCCCCAUUCUUCCUACUCCUCUUCCAACCCCUUAUCUGUAGCGGUCCGCGUCUCCUUACCCUCCGCCGUUGUCACGCCGCCUUCCUGCCCGCCUCAAACUCAUCGUCGAUACACUGUUAGGACGCGCGAGGCUUGUCUCUAGCCUCGCGAGUGCCCGAAGCCAAUCAACGCUGCCCCCCCUCUGAUUGGCUGGCGGACGUUGAGACAAGGAAAUGUGCACACAUGCGCUGGGUCUCAGCACUUCGAAGGCGGACACAGACAACACAACUUGUUUGGUGAGCGCGUUCACGGCUACUGUUUACAGAGCCCUUUGUGUACGCACUUCCACAGCAGUAAAGGUUGUCCAACUGAAACCGUCUUCACUGACUUAUGAUUUGGGAAUCUUUGUCUUGUCGUCCACACCACUUUCAACACAUUCUCUUUAUUCUGCUCCUCCUCCCCCCCCCCUAUCCCUCCUCCCUCCACUCCUACCCCUUCUCCCACACCUAUUACUACUACUUCUAAACCUCCUACUCUCCAUUUCCACUUCGAAAAAGUCCUACGGGAGAGGGGUGUGUCUACUCCCGUUGGCGGCUCAGAGUAGCUCGAGUCGUCUUCCUCUAAAAAGUACCCGGCGUUCAUCAACCGUCUGGGAUGUCUAUGCAGCUCUAUCUAUGUAGUAGGGGUAAGGAGAGGUGCACUAACCAAAUGCUAUGAAAUCACGCCAUCUCCAUGAUGGCCGUGGCUCGCAGAUGGGAAACUCGCGGCCAAAACAGUCGAGCAAGAACAGUAUUCACCCCAAUGUCCUGGACUCCACACCACCAGCUUCUGGGUGACUCUGAUUCCUCUGGCCUACGCUGAUUGGUCCUACCACGCCAUGGACUGCGUGCACCCAGCCUGUCCUCCACUGAACUCCUCUCAUACAUGCUGCCGGCAACCCUGUAAAAGGAUCCCACCGGCGUCCAGCGGCAAGCCUUUGUUCUACACAAACGUGUUUUUGUUAUUUUCAAUUUGGAAAAGGUAAAAAUAUCUAUAUAUUACAAAGAAGCUCCUGGUAGAUUGCUAUCGAUUUGUGCUAUUUACAUCUAAUCAACUUCGCACACUUGCCUUGCUAUCGGUCCCCCUAUUCCAGUUUGUGAUUAAAAGCCCUCCUAAAUUAAUUGAUCAACGGCGGAAGACAAGUUCGAAAUAGUCUCAUUCGGUAAAGCAUAAGCACAAGUUUGCAGGCGAACACAGUAGAGCAUCAAGCAAAUUGGACAGAAAACAAUGGUAUUGGACGGAAUAAAUGUCGUCACCAGUACAACAUUGAGUAGGCCCCUAGGACGUCAACAAACGCUCCUGAUUCCAUUAGAGAAAUAAUGAGCUGCCCGCAUAACUCAGAUGGAAUUUACAAUUUGUCCCACUUUAAGCUCAUGCACGAAUAAAGGAAGAACGAAACAAAUUGCUUAUUUUCCAACUUGUUGUAUUUAUGCAGAGAUGAAGGCGUCAACAGAGCGGGUGCCUCAAGCUGUCGCCACGUCGGCGCAGGGGGGAGGAAAGCCAGGCACGGGUGAAACCGCCGAUUGAGAGGGUACGUAUGACGGAUCAAAGUGGACCUGAGUAUGCGGCAGAGCUGAUGACCAAGAGGGCAGACUGCCACGCCCUCAUGGAUGACACAUUAUUGUGAAAUGUAGACGUACAUUGGCUGUACAGGCCACUCCGCAUGGUUGAACACGCAGCCAGCAGGUGGCACAGCACACUGUCGAAGGCAGAGAGUUGACAUGCGACAGAUAGUGGGACUCCAACUAGCAUGUCUGCUUUCCUUCAAGCACACCGCCCUCGGCCUUUACUGGCAUUGUCCUCUUUCCAGCGGAGAGGCUGUCAUCUCGGAGUAGCUUGUAUGAUUUCCCAGUUGGAUGACUGACCCUUCCCUUACUGGCGAGAUGAUGACCCUAAUAAAUGAGGCAAAAUAGGGGUGUACAGGCAAGUUGCUUGAAUCCCUCAACAUUUCUGUCCAACAGAUCACAUCUCAGUUGGCCGAUAGCCCAAUAAGUCGCAAGUAGCUAUAUCAGUCGGAUUGCAAAAACCCAUGCCGAUGAGCAGUUAUUUCAUCCCUCGGUUUGCGGACGAAGACGUUGUUAAUCUACGGCUUUUCAGACGUCAGUGUGAGGACAUUGUGCCCCCACCCCCCAUUAGGCCUUUCCUGUUGGUCCUUAGGAUUUCUGCUCUCGGUCAAAGUGAAUCUGUGGAACAGAUAAUAUUCUUCAUGCAGCUUCACACGCCUUGCAGUUCGACUAGGAGCCGAACCUCAUUGACGCUUACUUCAACACUAGGCAAAUGUUAACAGGGCCUGUAAAAGGCACGCUGUCUGAAAGUGCGGGCUUGGCUGCGAAGGCAGCUCGCUACGCACCCAGUGGGCAUAUUUCCUCCUUGCGAUUGGGUGAAGUUUUGCUAGGUGUCUGUUCUGUCGUAAUUAGCGCCGUAAGCGUGUGUGGUGUAGCGGUUAGCAUGGCUGCCUUCCAAGCAGUCGAUCCGGGUUCGACUCCCGGCACACGCAGGCCUCCUUUUCUUACACUCCCUUACAAAUUAGACGUAUUUUUUGCAUUCAUAUUUUGCCAAUACUUCUCAGUGUUUUCAAGUCUGGCUUCAACACUUGGGGCAGGAGUGACUAACGUGCGGACAGGGGUGGAUUACAUCGUGGAACGCCAUCGACUGUCUCACGUCGAAGACACGUUGGGCAGCACUGGCAGAUCAGUUUAAGUUAAAAGUCGGCGAAAUCCCAACUUUUAUCGAUUUUUACGGACUUCCGGAGAGGCACGGCCUAUCAAUUAAAACGAGAGAGUUGUUGACGUCGCGUGCAACUGGUCUAGACCGGUUUUAUUCCAAUUAAGAAUUCUCCAGACGAGCGAACGCAGAUUUUUGAGCUGAACAUGAGGUAGGAGAGUAGGAAAUAGCCAAUCGAUAUUGAUUUAUUUCCGCCGUCAUUACCUGGAAUGCGCCAUACCGAUAUGCUCCCCCACUGAGUCAUCGUUUGGGUGUAAGACAAUGUGCCCUUGCCACGAAAUCCGGUCAUCCCAUUGGAUCGAAUCCGUAAGUUGUCGAAAACAAGCUUACGCACUUGACGGUCUAAUUUUCCUGACAUCCACGUCCUGGUCAAUAACCUGAAUCCUCAUCUGUAGUAAGCACUUCUCCCUGCAGGACAGAGUUCAAUUGUAGAGGGCGCCGACACAAGCGAAGAUGCGAGUUCCAGGAAUUAGUUGAUCAGAAGAAGAAGAAGAAGAAGAAGAAGAAGAAGAAGAAGAAAGAAGAAAAGAAGAAGAAGAGAGAAGAAGAGAGAAGAAGAAGAAGAAGAAGAAGAAGAAAGAAGAAAAGAAGAAGAAGAAGAAGAAGAAGAAGAAGAAGAAGAAGAAGAAGAGGAAGAAGAAGAAGCGAUCGCUGGACCAAGGUCUUUAUUCGCCUGACGUUUCGGAUUCUCACUUCAAUCCAUCCUCAGAGACAGUAGCAGAAAUGGGUGACUCGUGCACAGGAAGUUGCAGUAUUUAUCGGAUGCAGUCGCUAUGCUACCGCAUACCUAUAACAAUUAACCACGCUCCCCUUCAUGAAGGAUCUUUGUCCGCUGGUGCGCUAAUUGAUUGCUGGACCGCAUGCAAGUUGUUAAUUACUGAAAUGUCAUCACCCGUGUUGGAUGCAGGCGUGAUGAUUGCUCGGCCAUCUGACUCACCGGCUUGAGCGCGUCUCGAGUGCUCAACGGUAGAGGGCACCAUUGAGCCAUCGUCAUGAUCUUCGCCAGCCGGCAACUGCAGUACAAAUUUCAAGAAACGAUGACAAGACUCCACAGCACCCUCGCUGAUUCGGCAAACUGCCCUCGAUACAGUCGACCGCGAUGGACCCUAGGGGAAUCAUAGUGAAAUCAGACGUCGGCAGUGCGACAAGCCCACAUCAAAAUGAGGGCUCACAGCACAGACGACGAUGGGCAGUCGUGUACUCGCUUCCAUUCUCCUCGGUCUCAUGCUCUACGUCAUGCUGAGGGAAGUCUGGCGUGGAGAACUGCCAGGAGUCAGCCUCAUCUACCGGACGGACGGAGAGCUGACUAGCAUCCGAUGCAUACAGAUAAUCACGCAUGUCUCCACGAACAGUUUUCUCGACUGGCGGUUUACGGAUUACUGCACGUCAACAAACACUGCGUUGCAGCACAACCCCGGGGUGAACAGUCUGCAAUUUAUUCUUCCAAACUUCGAUCAGGCAGUAACGUACAUUCUUGAGUGUGUAAAUGACUAAUGAACCUAAACUGUCCUUUUUCACCACGAGGGUUUCCAUACAGAAGGUUCUAUUAGUGUUCAGUAGGUUUAUCUCAUUACGAACGGGUAGAAGCGUUCGCGUUGGACGUCUGAUUCGAUUGCCUUGAAUAUUUUUAACAUUUGCAAGCAGAAAGGUCAGUGCGGAUGUUUUAAUCCACCGAAAUAUGUAUGGUUCUUUUCGGCUAUUUCAUUCGAUGCACAGUAGGAGGGCUAGCUCAUGAAAUAUCACCUGAAAUUCCGAUAUGCGUUUUCGUCCCGAAAAGAUUAAUUAUGUUGGGCUAUAAAAGUACUCAGCUAGCAACAUAAUUCUAUAAUGUUUCAGUUACCUCACAAUGCCGGCUUUCGAAUGAACCUCAUCCGACUGCAUGCAAAAAAUACACUCUAUAAAAAUUACUACUUAACUAACAUGAAUUGCUCUCAUUGAUUUUCGAUGCCCUUAAAAGUCCAAUUAGAUCUCAUGGAAAACAUGCAUAAAAAUAUUCAUUCUUUUGCGCCUUUGGUAGACAAUUAUAUCUUCUACCAAUUUUAUACUCGAAGAAAGAGUAUCAUUCGGUUUCUAAAAACUUUUUCAAUUCCGGAAUAAUUUUGAUCCCGCUUAGCAGUCACAUUUGAAUUCAGGGUUUUCAGUCUUCAAGCUGUAUGCACAUUGCGUACGGAAAACCAUACAUUCCUCUGCGGUAUUAAGAGUUGACUAAGAGGGGUCUUAGCGGCUAGUUCAUUCGAUGUACGUAGGUAUUUGUUUCACAUUGUCGGUUCCGCUCUCUUUUCCCUCCCCCAUGUCCAAAUCCGUCCCCCGGACAGGUUUUGGAAUAGGACGAAAUGGAUGAUGCAUCAAGAAGCUCUGCGCCCCAGACAAUACUGCCACUGAUGAUGAAUACUUGUCAAAUGCCAACGACAAGUAGGGCGGUGGAAAAUGAACCCGAAGAACGGAAGUAUGAAUGCAAAAUACGGAGGACGGAAGCCGUAUUUAUUAAUUUGUUCAAUAAUUACCAAACGUUUUUCACUUAUAGAAGGGUGACAGCAAAGAAGAAACGUAAGGCCGCUCCGCAAGCUAAUAAUGCCAUCGGAGAUUGAACAGAUCCUGGAUAUUAUCCAGUCCCCAUAUUUAGUGCAAUAGUUACAAGCUAAACGAGUCAUGGCGACAGAAGCCAGAUGUCGCUGUCGUAAACCGAUGCCGUUGCGAAUAUUGCGUCAGCACACAGACGGGUUUGCCUUCAGGUACACGAAAAUAUUAAUAUAAGGCUUUGCCUAGGUGUAGCAAAUGUGGUACCAAAAGGGCACUGAGAACUGGUUCGGUGUUUAAGGAUAGUCGCCUGACUUUAUCGAAGGUCCCAUGUGGCUCAGGCCUAUCCAGUCUCAGAAGAGCACUCGGAAACCGAGAUAUUUAGCAGCUGACCGGAAAGGUAAGCAGUGAGAUGUUAAUGAUGUUGUACACAUAGUGCAAUAAUAGCAGCCAGUGGAAUAACAGCCAGGGAGAACAACUGAACGGCCAGGCAAUGGACAUUUUGGCCACUGAAAACUGGUACAACGGAAAUAGUUUGUAAAUCUUUCAUAUUCCGCACUAAAAUAGUGAAUUCCUUACUAUACCUCUCAACCUUUUUUUCCCUUUUGUCCCAUAACCCCAGCCGAAAAUGCGCCAACGGGGAUUGAAAUCGUAGUAUUUGAAGGGAUUGAUGGAAAACCUAUGAACACCCUAACUGCCGAUCAUGACCAAUCCGAAGGCUACUUCGUAAGUAUGCUGACCGUCAAACCGAUGAAUGAUGUACGUAUAACAGGAAAGCCAAACCUACUGGUCACCGCAAGGCGACCAAACCGCCCAACCACACGGGCGUACGAAAUCGACCGAAGCGCAAGGGGAAAGCGAGCGAAAGAGACCACAAAGAAACCCCGAGGGCCGGGUGGAUAGCUAAGCCCGUGAAAAUGCAAGGCAAGGCCAAACUCCUAUGGUUGGGUAGCUGUUCCAAGCGGGCUGCGGUUGGGUGUAGGGAGGGGAAGUGAGCCGUACGGCAGGCAAAGAAAGCAAACGGCAAGCGGCCUUAGGAGACCGCACAGGAAGCCAGCAACCGGGUUUAACGCCUGUACGGCUAAGCCAUGAAGGGCUAGUGCAGCCCCUGAAGUAUGUAAAAAGGGCAGGUGCACUGGCGGGGCAGACCUGCACCGAUUAAGUGCACCCAACGCCUACGCGCCUAGCCAACUCACGCGGUAGCCGCAUGGAACGCGGUAUGGGAGGCCCCCCCCCGCGAUCGAAUACAACGGGGCUGUUUCUUAAAAGGGGGGGGGUGAAGGGUAGCGAUCUGUUAACACGACUGAAGCAGCUCGCAAUUAGAAGGAUAAUGGAAAACGUGUUGAAUCGCAAUUCGCAAAGGUUAAGUCUUUCGCCUUUUACUAAAGAUUUCCGUGUGGGGGGUGCAAUGCAAUGAGCCCAUAUAGACAGUCUUGCAGCGCCUCGUUCUCGGGGCGGUUAAAGUGAAGGAGAAAUUCAUCCUGACACAGCCUCUACGCCAUAUCAAGCAAACGUAGCUGGAGUACCCAGUCGUAGUAAUGUAGCAAGCGCGCUAAGUGGCCGAUGAGCGGGAAUGUGAACGUGAGCAAUAACAUGAAGGAAUUUACAACAUAACCGCCCUUCCUUCGUCCAAUUGGCAGCUGUAAGUAUAUGCGGGAGGUAUGGAAAUGGCACCACAGCAGCAGACAAGGUAUCCCAAAGCGAGGUCGAAUACAUUACACCCGCGCGGCCGACAGGCCUGAAAUAUGUAACUUAAUAAAAGCACGCCUACUGAUAGGAAGCAAGUACGUCAACAAUGUAGAGUCCUAAUCCCAGGCUACUCAGAAUUGUCUCGUCUUAAAGUGGAUUCGAGCGAAAUGUUUUGAGUGAAUAGUGAAGAUUUUCAGGCAGCAAACUGACUGUCACCCGAGAGAAUGUGCAUGAGCGGCACUGAUCGGUCCUGAGUUUGCAAGUGUAUGGGUUUCAAAGAGGACACCAAUGCUAACUGCGCACUGAGGAAGUAACUAGGGUGAGGUGAGAAAAAAAGCUGGGCCUUGUCGUUGGCAUUUGACCAGGAUUCAUCAUCAGUGGCAGGAUUGUCUGGGGCACCUUCAGCCGAAUGGCCUUGGCCUUGGGUAUAUUGCUCCCAUUGGUUACGGCUUCCGUUUUGAAUUUUCGGCACAUUUUCACCUCAAACAAACUUUAUUAUUUACUUUCUAAACCUCUUUUUUUACUUUUUUUUCUAACUCUUUGAUGGGUUUCCCGUUUACCCCACCCUAAAACCCCCCCUUCCCACCGAUCCCGUAAGACAGGAACCUCUCCUUCGCCUUGCACAGUCCAGGCUACACACAAUUGUCCGACCCACUUUAACUUCUGGUUCAUCAAGGAAAAUUUGGCCAGCUCCAUUAAGAAAUCUGUAUGGUGCCAGCUGAAAUUCGAAUUCACUAGUGUGCCGUUGAGUUUUUGGGCAUUCCGCGUAUUCAUGUUUCGCGUGUGGCCAAAAGGUGGGAAGAGUGUGCAAAUUCAGGCGUUCGCAAGAAUUCUAUUCGCUCCACUGGCCACUCUUAGAAACGAUUUUAUAAUUAUCAGAAUUUUAGGGAAGUGCUAGGUGUGUUAAAUGCGACAGUCUCUUGCAAGACUUUGACUCGGUCUUGGUGAAACGAGGACGACUGAUAUCCAGUCUGUCGGACGGGGCGUGACUUCCAGGGCUAGUGCAUAUCGUACUGCUGCGUACAGCCUCCUAACUGCUCACUGUCCUCGCAGUCAAUAAUACGGCCCUUUUAUAUUACCCCCCCCACAGCAGACUGAGCUGCAGAUUCGUCAAACUAGAUCAGCAGAUCACUGUGCGCGUUUAUAAGACUGCUCAGAGACGUGCGUAGUUGGUGGCUACUGCCGAAAGUUGGAGGGAUGUGGUGGCAUGACGUCCCAGACGCAGGCUUUCUUGGUGCAUCAGCAAUUGAGUCCUAUUCCAAAACCUGUCCGGGGGACGGAUUUGGACAUGGGGGAGGGAACAGAGAGCGAAACCGACAAUAUCAAACAAAUACCUACGUACGUCGAAUGAACUAGCCGAAGAAGACCCCUAUAGUCACCUCUUAAUACAGCAGAGGAAUGUAUGGUUUUCCGUACGCAAUGUGUAUACAGCUUGAAGACUGGAAACCCUGAAUUCAAAUGUGACUGCUGAGCGGGCUCAAAAUUAUUCCGGAAUUGGAAAAGUUUGUUAGAAACCGAACGAUACUCCUUCUUCGAGUAUAAAAUUGGUAGAAGAUGUAAUUGUCUACCAAAGGCGCAAAAGAAUGAAUAUUUUUAUGCAUGUUUUCCAUGAGAUCUAAUUGGACAUUUAGGGGCAUCAAAAAUCAAUGAGAACAAUUCAUGCUAAUUAAGUAGUAAUUUUUAUAGAGUGUAGCUUUUGCAUGCAGUCGGAAGGAGGUUCAUUCGAAAGCCGGCAUUUUGAGGUAACUGAAACAUUAUAGAAUUAUGUUGCUAGCUGACUUAUUUUAUUGCCCAACUUAAUUACUCAUUGCGGGAGGAAAACGCAUUUCGGAAUUUCUGUUGACAUUUCAUGAGUUAGCCCACCUACAGUGCAUCGAAUGAAAUAGCCGAAAAGAGCCAUAAAUAUUUCGGUGGAUUAAAACAUCCGCAAUGACCUUUCUGCUUGCAAAUGUUAAAAGUAUUUAAGGCAAUCGAAUCAGACGUCCAACGCGAAUGCUUCUACCCGUUCGUAAUGAGAGAAACCUACUCGACAGAACCUGCUGUAUGGAAACCGCCGUGGUGGAAAAAAGAACAGUUUAAGUUCAUUAGUCAUUUACACACUCAUGAGUGCACGUCACUGCCUGAUCGAAGUUUGGAAGAAUAAAUUGCAGACUGCGUGCCUCAAUGUCCCAACAACUAUGCUGUUUUAUAUUCUAACCGCAGGGUUGUGCUGCGACGCAGUGGUUGUUGACGUGUAGGAAUCCGUAAACCGCCAGUCGAGAAAACUGUUCGUGAAGACAUGCGUGAUUAUCUGUAUGCAUUGGAUGCCAGUCAGCUCUCCAUCCGUCCGGGUAAGCUAAUUCCUGGUUGUUCUCCACGCCAGACGUCCACCAGCAUGACGUAGAGCAUGAGACCGAAGAGAUUGGAAGCGAGUACACGACUCCCCAUCUUCGUCUGUGCUGUGAACCCACAUUUUGACGUGGGGUUGUCGCAAUGCCUUCGUUAAAAGCUCUGGACAGUCUGAUUUCAGUAUGAUUUCCUCAUGGUUCAUUGCAGUCGACUGUAUAUCGAGGGUUGUUCAUCGAAUCUACGAGGAUGCUGUGGAGUCUUGCCAUCGUUUCUUGAAAUUUCUCCUGCAGUUCCCGGCUGGAGAAGAUCAUGACGAUGGCUCAACGGUUCCCUCUACCGUUGGCCACUCGGGGGGCGCGCAAGCCGGUGAGUCAAAUGGCCGAGCAAUCAUCACGCCUGCAUCCAACACGAAUGAUGACAUUUCAAGUGUGAUAAAACUCGCGUCGUCCGGCGGGGCCUCGUAG